AUGAGUAUGUUGAGAUGGACCUGUGGGUGUACCAGGAAGGAUAAGAUUAGGAAUGAAGUUAUUCGGGACAAAGUGGGAGAGGCCUGCGUGGAGGACAAGAUGCAGGAGUCGCGGUUGAGAUGGUUCGGUCAUGUUAAGAGGAAAAGCAUUGACGCUCCUGUUAGGAGGUGUAAGAGGUUGACGAUGGCGAGUUUGAGAAGAGGUUUGAUCGACAAAGUGAUGAAAUGUCAAGGAUUGGCUCAAAAGGGAGUGAAACCUGCUCAAGCAGCAAAGACAAGGCAAACUGAAGAUAAAAAAGACGAGUGCGGCCGCAUUCGACUUUACGCGGCCCACACUAGGUAG